ACGUUCUGUGCUGUCAGCUGACUGGAUCACGUGACGGUUUGUGUGCUAGGAUGGCCGUGGUCUACUAAGCUAUAUACUUGCCUGUCCGUGAAUACCGAACCACAUCAUCACCGUCAUCACAAAAUCAUCCCGGGAAGCAAGUACUUACUGUGAAAAACGCUGAAUAAUCUGUAACCAUGACUGAGUUCUGGCUGAUCUCGGCUCCUGGGGACAAGACGUGCCAGCAAACCUGGGAAAAACUUCUAGCAGCUACCACAAAGAAUAACAAUCUGUCUACCAACUCCAAGUUUAAUAUCCCUGACUUAAAGGUUGGCACUCUGGAUGUGCUGGUCGGGCUGUCUGAUGAACUGGCUAAACUGGACUUGUUUGUGGAAGGAACCGUUAAGAAGGUAGCGCAGUACAUGGCUGAUGUUUUGGAGGACAGCAGAGAUAAAGUUCAGGAAAAUCUUCUCGCCAGUGGAGGCAAAAAGAGAAAAUUAAAGUGCUUGAAACUGGAUUUGGUCACCUACAUAACCAGGUUCCAGUGGGAUAUGGCAAAGUAUCCAAUUAAGCAGUCAUUAAAAAACAUUGCUGAAAUCAUUGCUAAGGGUGUAACCCAGAUUGAUAAUGAUCUUAAAGCAAGGGCCUCUGCUUAUAAUAAUCUAAAAGGAAAUCUUCAGAACUUGGAAAGAAAAAAUGCCGGAAGUUUGAUAACCAGAAGUCUGGCUGAAAUUGUAAAAAAAGAUGACUUCGUUCUUGAUUCAGAGUACCUGGUCACGCUUUUGGUAGUCGUCCCUAAGAAUAACUACAAUGAAUGGGUAAAGCAAUAUGAGACUCUCUCUGAGAUGGUUGUCCCUCGAUCCAGCAAUGUUCUUUCAGAAGACCAGGACAGUUAUCUUUGUAACGUCACUUUAUUUAGGAAAGCGGUUGAUGACUUCCGUCACAAAGCCAGAGAAAAUAAAUUUGUUGUUCGUGAUUUCCAGUAUAAUGAGGAGGAAAUGAAAGCCGACAAAGAAGAAAUGACCAGGCUAUCUACAGAUAAGAAAAAACAGAAACAGCAAACAUAA